CUGGGAUUUAAAUUUUAACGGCUUUCUUCCAGGUGUUUUUUGAAUUGAAUUGAUUCCAGUUACACACAAAUCAUUUGUAUUUAAGGAACGAGAAUGGGCACCAGCGAAAGUAAAAUUGGUAAAAUUCCAGAUGAAGAAAUUAGUGAAGGAAGUUUACCCUCAACACCUAUUCUGGCUCCGAAACCGCUAAAAACGUACGAACAAGAUGAAUUUGAUCCCAGAUCACCUACCGCCAAUAUUUGUCGGACACCUAUUCAGACACUACUAGCCUCAGCAGAUUUAAAUGAAACUACAGAUUCGCCAUACAUAUUAGAUUUGGACCCAAGAUCCCCUUCUGCAGAAAUUACAAGAACACCCAUUGUGAUUAAUAAAUCUGAGGACGAUUUACUUAGGAAAGUACACAGAAGAAACAUAAAAAAAACUGAACAGCAGUCUAAAAUAAUUGGACCCAAAUUACUAGACAGCAGCCCAAUUACUUCAAAACCCGAUGCAAACAAAAGAAAAUCUUUUGUUGGGGUGCUUGAGACAAAUAUUGAUUUCACUGAAACCGACAUAGAUUCUGUGUUACAACAGAAAUGUAGAACACCUAAACCCAAAUGCAUUGAUGUCAUUAAAAAUGAGGAUUUAGAUCCUAGAUCACCAACAACAGAUUUUAUCAGGACCCCUAUUCAAAUUGCUAAGAAAAUUGGUGAAAUUGACUUGAAUGAAAAUGAGUCUGAACUUCAGAAAAAUGAAAAGACUGAGCCUAUUUCAGAGGAAGUUGUGACCAUAGAAGAAACAGUUAAAGAAAAUAAAGAAGACAAUAUUGAGAUUAUAAAAGAAAAUAAAGAAGACAAUAUUGAGAUUAUAAAAGAAAAAGUAUCUACUACAAAUGUUGAUGCAGAGAAACCUACUGUUUCAACUGAAAACAUGAACGAUAAGAUUACAAUAGUCAAAGAAGAAGCUGCAGUACCUACUGGGGAAGAGUUACCUAUCAAAGUAGAAGAGAACACUACUCCAAAUAAUAAGGAGAAGACAGAGAUGAUGACAACACCAUUAGCUAAUUUGACUCGUGAUGUUAAGGAUUUUGAUAAGAAACUGUCUGAAUUGAUAUAUGAGGACAACAACCUUGUAGUGUUGCCCAGAGUUAUCAAACUUAGGGAAACUAACCGCAAUCCACUGGGUGUUAGAAAUUCAGGUGGUGAUUUUAAUAAGUAUGGUCAGGGAAAAUUGAAAGUCAGUGACAGACCUAGGAAGUUUGAUGGAGCAAUCAAAAAGACUGAAUGUGGUAGCAAAAUUCCUGUGUUUAAGGAAAAAAUGAGCAGAAAGAAUAUGGUUCAAUGUGAGAAUACACCUCCAAGGAAUAUGGAGAAGCAUUUUAUGAAAGUCAAAAAAUCUCAGUGGGAUAAUGGUGAUAAUACUUUAAUUAUUUAAUUUUAUAAUAAGUUAAUGGUCUGCCUGUAAAUUGCUUCUGUUCUUGGUUGUCUUAUUUAUUUUUUGUAUAUUUUGUAAUUACAAUAAGUGAACAUAAUUUACUGACUGACAUUAGUACAAAAGUGUUGUUAUACAAUAUUUGUAUUUUUCAAUUGUAUUCUAGGAAAGUAAGAUAUUUUAAGCGAUUUGUGUAUAUUUAAAUAGUAUACUUUUAUUGAAAAUCAUUGACUUUGAAUAAAAAUUUCUAGAAUAGAA